CUGGUUAGGAUUUGUUGGCAGCAGUGUUACUGGGUAUCCGAUGUGAAAUUUCCCCUCAAGACAAACCCUGAUGAGGAAUAUGAAACCACAAAUGAUAUCUCCACCAGAGGAAUGGUCUUGCUCUUGCGACUUGAUGUGUGUUGUAGAACAAAGCCAAGAGAAACGUCCAAAAACCGAUGGCGUGGACACCGACUCUCUUGCAAACUCAUUUAAACAAAUGAAGGUGGCAGAUAGAGGGGAACAUCACCACCCUUCUCUAGACGACGGCUAUUUUAGUCAAUCAAUCAAUUCACAAGACUUUUUAUCAGACACAGGCCACGUGGAUGAGAUUACUGAUAACAAUAUCGACUGCGAUGGCAUAUGUCGACAAGAAUGGUCUACAGAGGAGAGCGAAGUUUGUUCUGAUUGUGACUGUAAUUCAAACUGGAACGUUGUUUAUACCAAAGACCAAGAUGGCGACACUCAUCUUCAUCUGGGCAUCAUCCAGAAACAAUCCAAGUUAGUUAUGUGGUUUAUAUCGUUGGCGCUGAAUCCGGACUGGCUCAACAUAACCAAUCGUCUUGUACAGACCCCCUUGCAUAUUGCUGUCAUCAUGAAAGAUGCUUUGACGACACGUCGUUUAAUGGCAGCAGGGUCUAGCGUUGAAGCUAGAGAUAUCAACGGCAACACACCACUCCAUAUUGCCUGUCGAGAAAGACAUACCGAAAUUGUAUCCAUUCUUCUUAAACCCGUUAUGUUCGAGGAGACUCGGGGUAACAAAUACGAACUACCUUAUCAGAGAAUACCCCAGGAUCUUGAAAUAACCAACUAUGACGGGAACUCAUGUCUUCAUCUUGCUGCCAUGGAAAGCAACAUCGAUAUUCUUGAACUUUUGUUGCAUCGUGGUGCAAACGUGAACUGUCGCGAGCACAAGAGUGGUAGGACUGCACUUCACCUUGCUGCGGAGGCAAAUAACAUCCCAGUGAUGCAGUUUCUGCUUCGGAGGUCUAACAUUGACGUGAACGCUGAAACCUAUGGUGGACAGACACCUCUUAGACUUGCAGUGGGGAGGAAUUACACAGAGGCAAUUCAGCUUCUGCUUGCUCGAGGAGCGUGCAGUUUCAACGACUCUUUGGAUGAUUCUGACACGUAAAAUGACUUCUUGUUAAGAAUUAUUUAGAACUCACAAUACCAAGAAUGUACCCUGGUAGUUGUGAUUAAUUUAUAUGUACUUUGUCAAUACUAAUAUAGGUAUCGAUUGUCAACUGUUAGAAAUACAGAUUAGUGAUUAUUCCAAUGUAAUACGUAUUAAGAUGCUUCGUGAUUGACAUUGUAGGCAUUCCGUUUGUGUAUUUAAGUCAGAUAAACCUUGACUGACAUUGGCUCAGAAUGAUUUAUACUUAAUAUAGUAUAACGAGUUCAUCGUUUUGCAACAGUAUUCGUUACAAUUGUGUAGUUAUUGGAAUCUUAGGACCUAUACAAUUAAUUGAUGCCAUAAAUGUCAGUUGGGGAGACGGGGUAGCCUGGUCGUUAAAUAGUUCGCUCGUCACGCCGGAAACCCGGAUUCGAUCCCCACAUGGGUACAAUAUGAUACCUUUUGUGGUAUCGUUAUCGAUAGUCCUGGAAUAUUGCCAAUAGCUGCGUAGCAACUUACUCAUUCACUCAGCCAGAUGUCAUUACACACGAGAGGCGCUGGUUGUGAGUUCGAACCCUAUAGCAUCGGUUUGUCGGAACCACGUGUAAACUUGUACCAAUCGUGCAGGGAUUUGUUCUCCCGUUAGGCUAAUCGCAGAAUUACAUCCGCAAGACCUACAAGAAAGCUGAAAGAAAAACUUUUUUUUACCGGGAGUAAGAGAUACAUGGAAUCUGAACAACAACCAAAAAAUGUUUGGCUUUUAUCAAACGUGUAUUAAGUGUGUUUAUCAUUUUGCGAUACUUAUUGAAUAUUAUGCAAAUGCAUGAAGGCAUUUAGGUGUACUUGUGCACCUCGCAGCUCUUAUAUUGGAACAUAUUCUGUCUGUAUUUACAUUCCAAACAUAAAUGACAAAUAAUCUUUCAUUUUAUUUUGUCAAAUUAUUCUUUCUUAACAAAUUACCAUAUACAAUACGUUGUUAGGGUUUCCAUUAAUUGUGAUAAAGAAACAGUUUAAAACCCCAUUUUGUCUUUACAUUAGUAAAUGUGGAACGUAUAUUCAAUGAUAUUUCUGGUUUAUUAACAUGAAAUAAAAAAUGCGUGAUGUUACAUCGACUCGUAACUGGGUCUCUGUUAAGGUAACAAAUGCAAACCAAAUAAGCAAAGUGGUUUUGAAAAUAUUAUUCCUUUAAUCAGUUGACUGACACAAAAUAUGAAGCUCAUGCUUUAAGAGCCAUUCCUCUGCUCUGUAGAUGUAUAUGAAGUAGUAGUUGAUUUAAAAUAUUUUGAAUUCAUUAUAUACACAGCUUAAGAACAACAACAUUUAAUUUGAUGUUAGGUGGGCUCAACUGAUGGGGUGCCCUUUAACGUAAGCAAUUUUAGAACAUGAUCUCUCAGAAGCAAGUGAAAUAUAAGUCUCCAUUCCAAUACCAUAACUGAGUUGUCGUUUCCAGCAAAAGUAAUUUACUCAAACCGUUUCUUCACACAUAAAAAACUGAAUGGAAACAUUUUCAGUGAUUAUAUUUAUAACAUAAAAUUGUUUUUCCAAAUAUCUUCUGUCAUAAUUCUCUUCAUGGCCUCACCGCGGGUCCAUAUCACAAUGUUUAAACAAAAAUGCAAAUGACGAAAUGCUGCCAUCGUAGGCAAGGACGUAGAUGAAAUGGCUAAGGGAAAAGUAACCUAUGCACAUGAUGUAAUUAGGUGCGGUGGGGUAGUCUAGUGGUUAAAGUGUUUGCUCGUCACGCCGAAGACCCGGGUUCGAUUCCCCACAUAAGUACAAUGUGUGAAACUCCUGGUGUCACCCGCUACCAUUGUUUGUCGUAAAAAGCCAUUUGUCGUGUGUUUAGAUAGAAGAAUGAGAGAUUCCUUAGCAUCAUAAUUAAUGUUGAAUGUCAACAAUGUCAUUUUGUCUUUGAAUAUAUAUAUGUACGUCAUUUGUAAUGUGACAUGCUUGUUUGCUUUUAACUGUUAGACCUGUUUGAUAUGAUUUAUUCACGUGCAUUAUCGGAUUCAAAUAAAGUCUGUCGACUGAA